AUGUCGCUCUGGUUCCUCCUCUCCCCAGAACAAAUCGGUCAUCUAUGCAUCAAGGGAUACGGUUUGUCGGAAGGUCUCGUCAACAACCACGACUCGCCCGUCGACGCCGCUUGGGACCACUUCUACGCCUACAAUACACACAACCCUACUGGACUCAUCCCGAUGUUUCGCAAGAACAGUCGCCUUCUAGACGAGGAUCUAGAGGGCUACAUUCUUGCCUGCCGUGUUGCCUUCGUCAGACCAGGCCUUAAGGAACCAGACUUGUCGCUAGACAAAGCGUCCGCAGCCUGUGCCGAUUACUGGUUCCCGCCUUCCCUCCGUGAAAUGGACGGGUUUAAGGGUGUUCGAUAUGUUCAUUAUCCAGUCCCGAGGCGGUUAGGAUAUCCCCCCAGCUUCAUCAUGAACAUUUACGAUUCUCGCACGCGCAAUCACAACCCCCUGCAACCUGUUGGGAGAGCGCCCCGACGUCGACGAUGGAUGAACAAGGCGAAUGACGGGGGGGCGCUGUUCAUAUUGUUCGAGCAGACGAAGGCUCCCGGCCAAGCGAAUAUCUCCGCCGCACCGGUCUUCCGCGACGCUCGGGAGUUCGCUCGCCAAGGGUACGCAUACUACCCCGACGGCUCCCCGUAUCGCUCCAUGCGACUCGCUUUCGCGUCGAUCUGGUAG